AUGGAUGGCAGUAUUCUUUGGAAAGGUUUCCAUCCAUCGGUCCACGAUCUCAGCGGAGCAGCGUCUUCAUCGGCGCAGCAACAGCACUCUUCUUCUACACCUGAUAAUCAUCACCCUUUAGUAUUGGGCGGGGCGCCUCCUCUGACGGCUGGGGGCACCCAAGCGUCCAUCCCGCUGACAGCCGUCAGUAGCCCUUCUGGAAGUUCCUCUGCGGGCGGCCAACGGCUCGAUUCUACGCCACAUUCAGUGGAAACUCCUAAUCAGUUGCUCAAUACACAACAAACUAGUGUUGACAAUAUUUCGGAUGCAGGUCACUAUUUCACUUCAUUUCCCAGUCACGUAUUCCUGACCCGUUGA